CUAAAACCCGUCAACCAGCUGGAAGAAAACCCACAAAUGGCGAUGGUCAAGAACCAAUCUUUCUUAGCAACUCUAUUGCUUCUUUCACAGCUGUUGAGUGUUGCUUCAUUAUCAGACAUGAACAACUACAUGCCGUCACCAGCACCAGCCAGCCCCGUAUCGGAGGGGGAGUGGGUUCUUCUACAUACCAGCAUAGGCAUCUCUGCCAUGCAUAUGCAAGUUCUCAAGAACAACAAGCUCAUUAUCUUUGACCGAACGGACUUCGGCCCUUCCAAUAUCUCUCUCCCUUCGAACCAAACCUGCCGCACCAACGACGAAUUCUUGAACCCUGACUGCACCGCUCACUCUGUCCUAUACGACAUUGCUUCCAACAAAUUCCGCCCACUCACGAUCCACACCGACACCUGGUGCUCCUCCGGCUCACUAGACGCUAACGGCACUCUCGUCCAAACUGGGGGAUACAGAGAUGGUGAACACGUGAUCCGCACGUUCACUCCUUGCGAUGAUGACACGUGUGAUUGGGUGGAGACCACGGAUCGACUCUGGGACCGUAGAUGGUAUGCUUCCAAUCAGAUACUCCCCGACGGACGAAUCAUCGUCGUCGGCGGUAGAAUCGCUUUCUCUUACGAAUUCUACCCUAAGAAUUCGAUCGUCGGCGAUAACAAGAGUAAUUAUCUUCGAUUCUUGGUACAGACAAGAGAUCCAUCUGAGGAGAACAAUCUUUAUCCGUUCCUCCAUCUGUUGCCGGACGGGAAUCUUUUCAUAUUCGCUAAUAAGAGAUCGAUCUUGUUGGAUUACAAUCAGAAUCGGAUUCUCAAGGAGUAUCCGGUCAUGCCCGGACAGGACAAAAGGAAUUAUCCGAGCACUGGCUCAUCCGUUAUGCUUCCUCUCCGGUUCAAUGAUGUCAACAUCACGGCGCUUCCGGAGGCGGAGAUUUUGAUUUGCGGCGGUGCGCCGUUAGCUGCAUAUAACAGUUCCGAUAAGAUGAAUGUUUACUUGGAAGCAUCGAGAUCUUGCGGGAGAAUGAAAGUGUCCGACCCGGAUCCAAAAUGGGUUAUGGAGCAGAUGCCCACGCCUCGGGUCAUGCCCGAUUUGAUUUUGUUACCUACUGGCGACGUUAUAAUUGUUAACGGAGCAAUGAAUGGGACGGCGGGUUGGGAGGAUGCCGUGAACCCGGUUUUCAACCCGGUUCUUUACAUCCCAAACGAAGACCCGACCCGGAGAUUCGUGGUCAUGACCCCUACAACGAUUCCCAGAAUGUACCAUUCGACGGCUACGCUUUUGCCAGAUGGCAGGAUCAUAGUGGGUGGGAGCAAUCCGCACGUGAAAUACAACUUCACAGCGUUUCCUUACCCAACUGAUUUGAGUUUGGAGGCGUUUUACCCACACUACAUGGCUGAGCAGUACGAGUUUCUGCGGCCGUCAAUUUUAUCGGCGGAGCCAACGGUGUCGUAUGGAGGGAUGUUGUCGAUUACUUUCGUGUUGCCAUCGUACGGCCAAGAUCAAGAGAUCUUUAUCUCGCUUGUUGCACCGUCGUUCGCGACGCACUCGUUUGGAAUGAACCAAAGAAUGCUGGUUUUGGGUGUGGAGAGUAUGGUCCACUUGUCAACGUUUGCUUUUAAGAUCAAUGCUUAUGGGCCCACGAAUGCCAACGUGGCACCUCCUGGGUAUUAUAUGAUAUUUGUUGUCCACGCUGGAAUUCCAAGUAACGCUGUGUGGGUCAAGGUUCAGUAAUUUUGACGUUGAACUCAGAAUUAGUGUAGUUUUAAUGUGACUACUUUGUUGGAGUAACGAUGUAGCCGCCAAUUCAUGUA